UCUUAUGUUUUUUUAAAUUGUUACUAUGGGUAUAUUCGAACCGCUAUAACCCGAAUCCAAAUGUACUUUAUGGGUUUUAGGAUGUAUGUCAAAUUAGAACCGAACUUAAAUUAUUUUUUCUGAGCCCGACUUUGUACUUAUAAAAUUUUUAAAUGAGACUUAAUACGAAGAAUCCUAAAAUUUGAAAACCCGAAAUACUUGAUCCAAACUUUAAUGGAUACCCGGGCACCCGGACCUACUUGUACCCCAUAAAUAUUUUGCCAAAAAUUUCUAACUUGGUGGUUUAGGGUGUUAUUGGUUGCAUAUGUUGAAAUCAACUCCAUUAGAUUUAAAAUAGGUCAGAUUUUAUAAGUUUUUAUUCACUUACAAUCUAAACUAAACUAUUUAUUUUAAGUUCUUCUCAUUGCUUUUUAUCAAUAAACUUUUUAUUAAUAUUUUCCAUUUGAAAAUUCCAACUUAAUUAACGCAUAUAACUAAACAUAUUCUAAUAUAAUAUUCACAUUUUAUCAACGAAAAUAAUAGGAACAAAACAAUUGAAUUAGAUAUUUGAUGUCGGUUUAAUUUUGUUGGUAUACUUCUCCCUUCAGAUUUUAGUGUCUUUUAAUUUGAAAAACCAAUAAAAGAAAGGGCUAAUUUGCCUAAUAGCCAUAUAUCGUGUGUAAAUUAGGUAACUAGCAUUGAUUUUGACAUAAUUUAAUAUCAGACAUUUACAUCACUUCUUAACCGGUUUUACCCCUUCCCUUGACAAGUUUUCAGUCAACAUGUGUGAUAAGAGAUGACGUUUCAAGUUGCGAGAGUAAGAACAUAUGGUUAAAAGUGGAUCUCUAAUAUUCCAUAUGAAAGAAAGAAGAGUCAUUCACAUUAUAUAUUAAUUGACCAUAUAUAUGCAACGAUUAUUCUAUUCCAUAUCAGCAAAGUAUUAUAUGAUUAUGAUCUCACCCAAAACCUCUGAUACUAAACAUUAUCCAUCUCCUACCCAUAAAUUAAUACUAAACCUAAAUCCCAACUUCAACCCAAACCCACCCCAACCCCUAAAUACUAAACUUUAAAUUUUAGUCAAUAAAUCCUAAACCCAAAUAUAAACCAUAAAUCAAAUAAUAAACUCAAAACCAAAAUAAAGUGGACCAAAAAUAAAUAACAUAGUACAUAUUGGUUAAAUUAUUAAAUGUCAAUGAUUGCAUGGAAUAAGUUAAUGCUGACCCCAAUCAAACUCUCUCACGUUCUAAAUACUAAGCCCUAAACUCUAAUCACUAAACUCUCAUCCAAAACCCUAAACCCAAAUAUAAACCCUAAACCCAAAUAAAAUGUAAAAAAAAUAAAUAACAUAGAACAUAUUGGUGGAACUCAAAUGGAAUAGAACACAAUAACAAAAAACUGUUCAUCUUAUUCCACAUGCGACAUGAAUACUAAACCCUAAACUCUAAUCACUAAACCCUCCUCCAAAUAUAAACCCUAAACCCAAAUAUAAACUUUAAACCCAAAUAUAAACCAUAAACCCAAAUAGAAUGUAAAAAAAUAAAUAACAUAGAACAUAUUGGUGGAACUCAAAUGGAAUAAAACACAAUAACAAAAAAACUGUUCAUCUUCUUCCACACUCGAUAUGAAUUUACUUCAAAUUCAUAUACAUACAUGUUUUGGCGUCAUAUACAUACAUGUUUUGGCGUCUUCGUAACUGUCGCUUUUAGAAUCCGAGAAGCCUCUUCUUUUCGUCACCGAUUAAACCUCCUAAACCGGCCUUCUCCUCCACAAAACUUCUCCGGGAACACAGAGUAACGUCUUCAUCGUUCAAUUCUGCAAGUUCAAAUCUGCAGAAGAAUCUAUUCACUUUUCCAAAUAUUAGCAAUGAAAAACAUAUCUAGUGAAAGUGUGUGAGCAACAAAUGGCCACGUUUUAUCUUGCAUAGUAAAUAAUUGCAGCUUAAAUUAUUUGUUUCUUGUACCGGUUGUUUCCAAAGGCAAAAUAGCAUUAUUACAUAAAAUGGAUUGGAUGUAUCGAAAAGUUAGGUCAAAUGGCCAUCUAGUAAAUUAUGCUUUUUUUUUUUUGCGUUAUACGCCCCAAUUUCUCUAAAAGAAAAUAUAUGUUUAGAAAAGGAAAUUUGUGUUCAAGAAAAGGAAAUCUGAGGCCAAAUGGUCAACGUAAACAUUCGGCUUGUUAAGAAAAGGAAAAGUUUGGGUGGGGCAAUAAGGAAAAUCAUAAACAUAUACAGUGUAUAUAUAUAUAAUCAAUCACACACAACAAUACUCACUGCUCUUUUCGUUUUCUGAAUAACCUAAAAAAGGAAACAAAUCGCAGAUACAGACUAGAGUGCUUCUUCUUGUGGGAGAUGACGACGACCAUCCGCGAAAUCUGGUCUUGGAACAAGACAGAAGAGAUGAAUUUGGUGCGGGAAUCUCUUAGAAGCUGCAAUUACAUCUCUGUAGACACAGAAUUUCCCGGGUGUCUGAAAGAGACCGCCAUGGAAGCUAGCGAGGAGACCCGUUACCAAAACCUGAGGUUCAAUGUGGACAAAACCAAACCAAUUCAACUGGGUUUCUCCUUAUUCGACAGUGAAGGAGCAAUCAGCGGAACCUGGGAGGUCAAUUUCUCCGACUUCGACGAGACAGAGGAUCUUUGCAACGAGAAGUCCAUCGCCUUCCUCAAGCGCAACGGGCUCGAUUUCAAGAGAAUCAGAGAGGAAGGAGUUGGCAUCAAAGAUUUCUUCACAGAGUUUACUCGGAUGGUUAAAGAUGAAGAAGACAAGAAGAUUAUUAAUUGGGUUACUUUUGAUGGAUCGUACGAUUUAGGUUAUAUAAUUCAAAGCAUGACCGGGCGAGAAAGGCUUCCCGACACGUCUCUUGGGUUUAACGAAACGGUUCAGAAACUCUUAGGGCUAACUUUCGACGUGAAGAAACUUGCGGGACAGUGCAAAGGACUCAACAGCCGUUUCGGGUUGCAAAGAUUAGCUGACGAGCUUGGCAUCAGACGUGUCGGAGAAGCCCAUCACGCUGGCUCCGACAGCCAACUGACGGCUCGUGUGUUCGCUAACAUAAAUCUCACUUUCUCUCGUGACCUAAAGCGGAAGCGAGAACAUGAACGAGAGAUUGUGAUGAUAAGGCGGGAACAUGACCGAUUGCAACAACAUCUUUUUAUGCAGCAAGUGAUGGAACAAGAGAUUCUUAUGCGCAGAUGUGUGCCAAGAAGAUGUUAUGGACCAGUCCAUCCACCUAGACCGAUCAUUUAUGCUCAUUAUCCAUCUCCCCGUGGCUACUUUGUAGUGCCGGUGGCACCUAGAUUGUCAAGGAAUGCAGGACAGUGAAACAUUCGUCUUUUCUUUACGUUAAUUGUUCAACUACUGUAUGUAUAUAUUUGUCAUAUCCUUCUUUUAAAUACAAAUACUAACUUUUCUCACUGAAGCUUCUGUGUUUACAUUCUUUCAACUUAAUUUUCUAACUGCAACACGAUAAUAACACUUUCAAAUAUAACAUGUUUUCACCAACCCUGAACCUCAGAGACAAAUAUACUACUAUAAUAGCCUCUAUUAAAAACAGUGAUCCGUUUUUUACUCCAAAAUCACUGUAUAAUCGUCAAGAUUCUUCAAGAGCAAGAUAAAAUAGGAGGUUGUUGGUAACGGCUGUAUAUUUUUUUUAAAUAUUUCAUUGGUGACGGCUAUAUUGCUUGUAGUUUAGCGGUUGUUGAUUUUUCUUCCCUUUACCUAGAUUCGACAGAAGAUUAGUACCUCAUAAUUACCUUAGAUUUGUCUCAGCUUCUGUUGGUGAGUAUUCUCAUGCCACUUCAGCCCUAUUAUCCCUUGGUCGGAUAACACUUUUAUGUUUGUAGUGAUCAAAGUUAUUUCGCUCUUCCAGCUUGUGUUCAGUCCACAAUUAUGCAGGUUGAUAUCUCCUCCUGAUUUUGAUGCGUGUUGCCUUAAUUUUUGGCUUUUCUUAAUCAUGUAAUAAGAGUAUGACUGAUGAGAAUGCUCUGUUUCUUCCACCAUUGGUGAAGCUGCUAAGGGAAGGCUUAGAUGGUCUCGAGAAGAUCAAUAUGAUGAAAUGCAAUUUGUUUGUAGCUCUUGUGACCUCUGUGCUUUCAAUAGACAAGUUAGUAAAUCAUUUCGUUUUUUUUUCCUCCCUAAUUUUCAGAUGGUGGCGUUCGUUUCUCUGAGCAUUAUGAUGAGUUUCCACUGGUCUUUGACUUCAACAAACAAGUACCUUACCAGAUAAUAGCCCUUCUUUAUUAUUUGGCAUGGUAAGCGUAUGACGAGGUACUCCGUAUAAAAUGCCUUUUUUUAGAUCUCAUUCGUUGUUCCUACACACACUAUACUCACUUUUAACGGCGUAAGUGUUACUUUUGACCCUAAGCCAUUACCAAUCUCAUGAACUAAUAUUGUGACAUGAAUACAAAACAUCUGGUUAAGUUUCCUAGAUCACCAAACCCACCAAUGCAGGUUUCUUGUAUCCCUCAAUCUGAACCUCUAGAUAACUCUCAACUCUUUUAUGUCAAAUGUGGUCAAGGUUGAUAUCUUUAGGCAAUUUUCAGAUUAAUUGUUAUUAGUGUAUAAUAUUUCCAAAAAAUUCAACUGAUGUUUUAUUUUUGAGAACUAAUAACUAGGGAAGGUACGCAUAACUUGUAACUUAUAUAUAUUUUUAUUAAUCAUGAGAUAUUUUAACAUAUGUCAAAAUUUUAAAAGGAAAAAAUACAAUCACAUAAUAUGUUACAAUUAUCUUUUCUUUAGGAUUUAGAAAAGGAAAAUUUAGCAUUAAAUCAACUAUUUUACAAAUCAUUUUUUUGUUUAGGAUUUUUAAAAAUUAAAAUUCUUUAGAAAAAACUAUUCAAUAAUUUUAAAAAUUUUAUACUAUUAAAUAAUUUUAAUACAAUUAAAAAAAUUUAAA